GAGCUAAGCAGUACAAUAACAACAAAUGUACCGAAAUCACUGCACAUACGUAGAUUUCACAGUAAUCGAUAGUUUUAGCGACAUAUCGCAGACGAGCUUUAGUAACGGUUGCAAAGUGACGUUAAUUGAUCGCCUUUGAUUAAAAUUUUUAUCAUCAACAAACCCAGUUCAGCCUGAAACCUGAUUUUUUUAGCCCAGCCCAACUCGUGAUUCGAAAACUGUCAAUCCAGUUCAGCCUCAGCCACAAUGGUCGACCGACAUGUCUCUUAGUCCAGCCUAGUUCUAAAAUGAUUGAUCCAUCACAUCUCUAGUUGCUACACGUAAGGAAGACGUGGCUGCCAAUGAGGAAAGAAGAAACAAGGAGACACACGCACUGUACUGUGCGUAAGUACACCGUCGCGGUUUGAUCAGGUGAAACCGGGAAAUUUUGUACUAGGCAUAAAUUCCGGCAAUCAUUCAAUCCUAUGGUUUUAGUGCUUUGUGAGUCAGCCAUGCAUUUGCAGAGAGAUAACUUAAAGAAUCGUUUUCAUGGGAAGAAUCUUUGGCAUUUGCUUAUAAUAAUCGUCGCAAUCCAGUCCAGUGUUUUUGGAGACAAUGCCGAUUUGUUCUCUUCGAUUUCUGACACUGAGAGGCUCUUCGAGAUCGAAAUCCAAUUCUCAAGAGACAUUGUGACGUAUGUCGAAGCAUUGGAGAACCAUGCCAAGGCCAUUCGCAAAUACGUGGACCUGGCUUAUCCCGAGGGACCUUUGAAAGAUGUUCCCGACAAAGAAGCAUUUGUCGCUAAUCCGCUCAAUUCUUUUGGCAUGGUGAAACGAUUGGGGCCACAUUUCUUGGACCAUGACAUGGCAAACUUGCUCGCUGACCAAACUCUGAUGGAGCUCCAAACCAAACUGUCCAACAACUCGAAGGUUUUCCCCACAGCCUCCAACUUUGAGGAGAUUGUGAUCAGUCUCAGUCUGCUACAAGAGACUUAUCAGUUGAACUCCUCAGAUCUGGCCGAUGGUUUCAUUACAUAUGAUGGUCAAAAAUACCAGAGUGAUUUCAGAUUGAACCCCCGUGAUAUGAUGGAAAUUGGCAUUGGAGCCACGAAUUCGGGCUGGUGGGACAAUGGAAUCAGGUGGUUCCAAAUUGCGGAACAAAAACAACGGAACUCGACGGACGUGGUAUUCAGUAAAAUCUUGGCCCAGAAAGUCAGAGAGGGCACAAUCUAUCACGACAAGCUCCUCGAUCAACGCGGACAAUUCGGAGCUACUCACCGAUGCUUCCCCGUUCCUUUCGAUAAGAAGCUCAAGAAGAAGAAGAAAUACAAAAAAGUGAAGCAAAACGUCAAUUACAUUCGAGAGAAAAUCCUUCAACAAAAGCUAUUUCAUGCAGAAAUUCCCUCCCAAGUGAAAAAAGCCAUGUCCUUUGACAUGUGCAGCAACGGGGUGAGAGAAUGGCGAACCCCUGAACAUGACCGCCGUUUAAGAUGCGCCUUCAUUCACCAUCAGGACCCGUACUUCCGUCUGGGCCCAUUCAAAGUGGAGGUCCUCAAUGAGACGCCAUUUGUUUCCAUGUUCCACAACUUCAUGCACGACGCGGAAAUGGACCAUUACAAGGACUAUGCCAAACCUAAUCUCGCUCGGUCCGUCACGGGUUUGGCUGAUACUCAAGCACGGGUCCAAACUCGAACCAGUAAACAGGCAUGGUUAGCCGAGCGGUGGUUCACAUUCAAUAUUACCGAGGCCUCAGCGUCAACCAUCCCCCAAAACAACGAUCUUAGUCCUCCGCCCCUGCCAUUUGAGCCCAUGAAAUAUGCCGUGGAUUUGGACGUCCCAGGGGCCAAUGUGGCCCGAAGAAUCAAAUAUGCAACUGGCUUGGAAACUGAGAGACCGUUCUCCGGAGAGUCGUUUCAAAUUGCCAACUACGGCCUGGGCGGGCAGUAUCAAAUCCACUUGGACGGUUUGGGAUUUUUUGACGGCCAAAUUAACCCACACAGGGAGAAGACUCAAUUUAAACACAAUAACGCCGUGGGCGAUCGCUUGGCCACUUUCAUGGCCUACUUGACGGAUGUCGAGGCCGGAGGUCAUACGGUGUUUCCGCUAUUAGGUGUUUCGGCCAAACCCGAGAAGGGUAGUGCCAUCUUUUGGAUCAAUCUUCACACCACAGGAAAACGGGAUGAGCUCACCAUUCACGGAGGCUGUCCUGUGUUGGUAGGAUCCAAAUGGAUCACGAAUAAGUGGAUCUAUUCCAACGACCAAUUUCAAAAGUUGACGUGUCCACUUAAUUCAUGAGAUGAACUCCCGGACAAACGUCGUGAUAGUGAAGCUGCUGUGCAUCCUGAGCAUUGUGGCCAUUGCAUCCGUUUUGGGGCUUUCGGAAAAUGAAAUUCCUCGACAAACCGACCAACAGCUCCUCGACGCUAAAAUGAAGGUUCACGCCAAGGCUGUCGAAAGACAGAUUAAGUUCUUGGACAACUUCAUUGACACAUACUACAAAGACUACAAUUUCACGGAGGAAGAUGCUCAUGAAUAUGUUAGCAAUCCAAUCAAUACCUACAUGCUCAUCAAGCGAACCAGCUUGGAGUGGCCGAAAUUGAAACAGAUCCUCUUCAAUGACGCCAUGGAUAAAGAAUACGAAGAUAUACUCAAACUGGCAGAUUCCCUGUCCCAAAAAUGAAUCAAUAAUAAAACAGAAAUCCCGAAAAGCCAUUGUCAAUUGUUGGACUGAAAUCUAAAAUGUUCUACUCCAUUUUUUUCCAGA